CGCUCUUUUCCCAUCGUGAACAGCAGACGUUCCCCCACUAAACAUCAUUUUGACACGCAGCGCUCCUCUUUUUUUUUUUUUUUUUGGUCAUUGCUCGUCUCCAUUGUUUGGGGCUGUGGGGGGACAAGUAAUGCCUCAAGAGCCGCACUGUUGCUCUCCUUUGCGAGCCGAGCCGGAGAUGCUCUCAUAAGCUCCAUGUGCGCAGAGAAAGGUUAGAUGCAAAGUUACCGGAGGGUGGCCACCACAUCACUCCCUCUCCUCCCACCUCAUCACCACAUCAGUGAAGACAAGACAGAAAUUUCCUCCACUUCAGGGCGGAGUGAAUUUGAGGAUUCUAUUAAAAAGUGUGCAUGUUGUAAACAUGCGGGACUGCAGCGUUGGCAAGUGUGUUUGAGGACGAGGAGCAGUGCUGACCAGGGUAUGAGCGCAUCCCAGAGGGCGAUCCUUCGGAUGCUGAGUUGAGCUGAACCGGGGGCUGACAGGAGGAUCUGCCAUGGGGCUUGGACAGUCCAGCAAGUCCCCCAACACGGGUACCACAGACGAGGUCAAUUUUGACCACUUCCAGAUCCUGAGGGCAAUAGGAAAAGGAAGUUUUGGAAAGGUGUGCAUUGUGCAGAAAAAAGACACGAAGAAGAUGUAUGCCAUGAAGUACAUGAACAAGCUGAAAUGUGUGGAGCGCAACGAAGUGAGGAACGUCUUAAAAGAGCUUCAGAUCAUGCAGAACCUGGAGCACCCUUUCCUGGUCAACAUCUGGUAUUCAUUCCAGGAUGAGGAAGACAUGUUCAUGGUGGUGGACUUGCUCCUGGGAGGAGACCUGCGUUAUCACCUCCAGCAGAACGUCCAUUUCUCCGAGAGCACGGUCAAACUGUACGUCUGCGAACUCGCCUUAGCCCUCGGGUACCUGCGCUCCAAGCACAUCAUACACAGAGACAUCAAGCCUGACAACGUACUACUGGAUGAACAUGGUCACGUCCACCUAACAGACUUCAACAUUGCAGCCAUUGUAAAAGACGACCUAAAGGCGACAUCCAUUGCAGGGACCAAGCCAUACAUGGCUCCUGAGCUCUUUCAGACAUUCGAAGGCUCCCACCCCGGCUACUCCUUCUCAGUGGACUGGUGGUCAUUGGGCAUCACGGCUUACGAGCUGCUCCGAGGGCAGAGGCCGUACGUGAUGAGGUCCAGCACACCAGCCAAUGAGAUCCUUCACACCUUCCAUAAGGUCCACCUCAGCUUCCCAGCAGCCUGGUCCACGGAGAUGAAAUCACUUCUUAGAAAGUUGCUGUGCAUAGACGUCCAGAAGCGCAUUUCCUCUCUAGCGGAGCUGCAGGAUCUGGACUGCAUGUCGGACGUCAUCUGGGACACUGUGCUCAGCAAACUGAUUCCCCCAGGCUUUAUUCCCAAUAAACGGCGACUAAACUGCGAUCCAACGUUUGAGCUGGAGGAGAUGAUCCUCGAAUCCAAACCGCUUCACAAAAAGAAGAAGAGGCUGGCCAGAAAGACGAAGGACCAGGGGUCCAAUGGGUCACCACAGAAUGGUCAGUUGCAGCAACGAUUGGAUAACGUCCAGAGAGACUUUAUCAUCUUCAACAGAGAAAAGUCCAAGAAAGCGGUGGUCGAAUCCGACUCGUCCCAACUGUCCACUAGCAACAAGAACAAAGCAAUAGAGGACGGUCAGAACAACAACGUCCAGCCCGUGCCCUUUUUAUCGGGAUAAGACUUAUGGGCUUGGAGGUCUGUGCAUUCCAUUAUCUGUCCAACAUGUUUGCCGCUUGUAGAUCAGCACCUAGAAAGAACCGAUGUUCGCGGGACGCUGCGAUGCUUCAAACGACUGCUGGAUGAACUUUUAACGGAAAGACAGGAUCAGGAUUUUGGGUCGGGAACUGUGGCCCACCUUUUGAAGGUCAUGGACCGGGAUUUGGACUUACUUGUCCAUCUGGUUUUUCUCAGCCCUCAGCUGAAUAAAAAACAAGGUGACACAGUUGGGAUGGCUUGGCUUAAAGGUCAGAUUUGUACAUUUCUCAUUAGAUGCUCGUCACAUUUUCAGGAGCGACAGUCCUAUUGGUUUUCAGAAUAUGCAAAAGAGGAUGUAGCUAAGAUCUGGUCUCGACCCGCCAAACUACACGAUAGCUCUGUAACUCGCAGACAACGUUGGGUCCAUUUUGUCAACAGACUGCAGCGUAACAAUGGUACCUAAGCAGAAGGGUACUAAAAAGUGGUAACGGUUGGAUAGUUUAGUAGCUUUUACACCUUUUGACACCAAAUACAAAAUGUGUACAGAACAUCACUGAACUGCUUACUUAAAAGCUCAAAUCCUGUCCGAUAUAUCCAGGGGAGAAAAGCUUUCAUAAGUCAAACAAAACCUGGGAGUUCAACCUGUCAUGAAAAUGAUGUGAUGAUAACCAUAGAACAGGAAGUAGAACAUACCGAGUCACUUACAAUCACUUUUUUCAGUUCCAGCAAUACAGACUGUAGGUGACAAUAUCACUCUUGGAACAUCAACUACUUUCACUUUGUUUUAGUUUCGUUAUACUGUAGUUACUUGUAUGACAGUUAAGAAUGUUUACCUUAAUAAAGGUUUUAUUAUUUCCACAUGGGGCGCCUUGCCACAGAAUCGGUGCCAUUUGCAUCCCCAAGAAAUAAAAUGUUUAAAGGCACAAUAAAAUGAACGGUAAAUUACAUUUGAUUUAAGCAAAGCGUUUGUUUACAUGUUAAAUGAAUACAAUUUAAGAAAUUACCUUGAACUACCUUGAACACUGGAACAAAUAUCAUUUGUUGCCUGUGCCUGCUUCUGUAAAGUAGAAUUUACUGAGAAAUUAAAUUAAAUAUUAUACUUUUUUUUACAUAAUGUUACUUCAACAGAAAACACUUGGUUCUCCGAGCACCACCAUUAUGGCCAACAUUAAAAUACAGCAGUGUAGUAGGCCUAGGUAUUCAUUAAAAACAAGGCAGAGGUUUUUAUUCAACGCGUAUAUUUAAAAUAUUUGGCCCCUGCAACAUUACACACAGUUUGAAGAGUAACACUGCUCCAACACAUUCAUGUUAGAGUAGUCUUGACUUUUCCAAAAGUAAGUUUACUCAUUUAUUUUUCUGUAUGUUUGAUGAUAUUUCAACUGUGACAGGAAGGGAUUAAUGUCUCACCACAGUCACGCUACCUAAAUUAGGCUUUUGAUGUUUUUUGUUUGUUUCUAAAAUAUAUUUUUUAAUAGAAUCCCUGUUAUGUAAUUAUUGUCAACAUGCUGUAUUUCUGAUUAUAUGCUAACUUAACAACAGUUCACUCCUGUUACUUACAGUCCCGUUUCUAAAUGAGUGGUUACAUACUUGGAGCAAAUGGCGCUGAUUCAGUCGAAUAGUCCAAAUGUGGUUUUGAGUUCAGAACUCGCAAGUCAACCAACAUCUAGUUCCCACUGUAAAAUACAAUCUUUUUAGACAUUUUAAGUCUUGUCUUGAAGAUCUGUCGCUGACGUACUAGUAAGAACGCCUCAGCAGCUUUGUUGUAAUUAGUACUGUAGUUUCCAUUCAUAAAAAUAUAAUAUCCUUAGGAGCACUAGUGAAGCUAGAACACAUUUGCACUAUUCCUUUGACCGUCGAUGCACAAAUGGAUACAAAAAAAUGUUGUUUUCUGUACAGGCUUUUGGUUACCGUGGCAACACUGUCAUCCUAACAAAUACACACGGAUUAUGUCACCUUUUCAACUGGCUUUGCACAUCAACUGUAGCAUUUAUUCACGAAUGCAAAUACCCCAAAACACGUGUGUCUUCUGUCAAAUAGUUUCUUAAGAUGACGUACAGCCGGGAAGGGGAAUCAUAUGGCCCCAUUCGUUGCGGUUUACCUUACACAUAAAACGUGACAAAUUGGCAGUCGAGUGUUGAAUAUCCUAAAAUGUGUUUUUUGGCAAUUCCACAGUGUCAGUUGCUAUGUAGUAUGCUAUGUAUGUAUGCACGUUCCAUCAUUUUCAGCAGACUGCAUUGCAAAAUGAUUACCCCCCGCCCCCUUCCUGUCAUGGGCAAUCCACCCAGGAAUGGGGCCACAUGAAUCCCUUCCCUACGGCACAAGCCUCUGGCAUACAACACACAUAAGACGUUUUGUAAUAUAUCAUAAGUAGUAUUUUAGUAUUACUGCUAUUUGGUUGCAAGAAAAUGACCUUGUCACCAUUUUGUCGUCUCGUCUCUCUUAUGUUGAUGCAAAGUUGGCAGAAAAAACAUUGGAAAAAAUUUGGUAGAAUAAUGUCAGGCGUUCUGUGUUUGUUCACAUUAUGAUCCAGUGCGUCUGCCCUCUUUGUUUCUUUUUCUGUAACCCACACUUGUCCACCAAAUUUAAAAAAAAAUUGGUACAGUGUUUGAACUCGACCUUGUUUGUGUUGAUGUUGUUAUUUGUUGUAGUUUCCAACUUUGGCUGUCAUUCCUGGUUUUAAUUGUAACACAUUGUGGAGUUCUGGGUGCUGAUUAAUAAAAGUUUUCUGCCCAAUUUAUGUAAAUGAUAAAAAGAGAAGAGAUUUUGUUUUGUUUUAGUUUAGGGUUUUUUUUUUUUGUGACUUUUCAUAUUUUUUUCCUUAGUUGUUGUUGUCUUGUAUUUAAGUGUGGUUAAAAAGUUGCAAUCUAUUAAUAAUGUGUGCCUUAAAUAAUAACGUUCUGGUACUAAACCAAUCUGUCGUGUCUCUGUUAUUUCAAGCCAUUGCUCAUGAGUUGUUUGCUCAAAGGCUAUACUUGCAGUACUAAAGUGGCAUUUCAUUUUAGUGAUUGAAGGUUGUCGUACCUUAGAAAUAUUCUAUAUUUUUUGGUAGCUCUGCUUAACACAAUGGUAUAUCAAAAAAAAAAAAUUCUGUGAAUAAACAGUUUUGGUUAAAUAUGUUUGGUACAUACGUAUAUAUAUUUUUGGAUUAAAAACAAAGACAAAUGGUGUUCUCGGGUGGACGGAGCGCCCUCACACAACAAGGGGUUCUCAAACCGCAGUUUUAUAUCAUAGUCACCAUGGCAACAGUCGAGCUUCUAUUGUCCUUUUUAUUCAUUCAAAGCUGAUAUUUUAAAGGGGGAUCCCUAGAUAUUCUUAUAGAUGCCCAAUAUAUUUUCUUACUUCUCAAGACUAAUAACCUUUUUAUAUUGAUGAUUUUUUUUUUAUUAUUACUAGUUAUUUAUAAGAUACAACAACUCAAACAACUGCGGAUUUGACAAACUCUAGAUUAGUUCUGACAAAAGCCAAUGGUGAAGGUAGCAGUAAAAGUCAAACAAUGUUCUACCAGAUUUACAAUAGGACGGGGAUUCAUAUGGCCCCUUUUGUCAUGGUUUAACUGACACGUGAAACAUGACGAAUUAAGCUUUAGCCACCAGAUGGCAGUAGAAUGUUGAAUAUCUUAAAAUGUGUUUUUGCGGCAAUUCCAACUUUGACUACAGCGGCAUUUACUCUGUAGAGUGCCGCUUUCCAUCAUUUGGAGAAAAAAUUAUUCACUUUUCGCCCCCCUCUUCCUCUCUUGGGAAAUCCACCCGGAAUUGGGGCCAAGUUAAUUAGCAUAUUUUUGAUACCAAGCUGAAGGGCAAACAUGAUAAACACGCCUGUUAAAUGAUUAUAAUAUUUUAGUUGUGUUCAAUCGCUUUGUGUCCAUAGUCAACUCAGACUUAAUCGUAAUUAAUGGCGUAUAAUUGUCAUAGUUACUAAUUAGACAGAUCAUUUUCAAGCUUUUAAUACUAGCAACCAAUGACUGAGCAAUUUGUUUUGCUUUGUGCAAAGUUUUGUUUUUUUAAACAAUAUGAUUGUUCAAAGACCUCAAAUACAAUCAAACGCUCUUUUACAGACACGCACACACUUUCUUCAUAAUAAAAAGAUCAACAAUUAUCGCCAUGGUAACAUGGGUUGAAUCCAAACAAGUCUGGAUAACAUUAAUUUUGCUUCAUUAAAUCAUAUUAAUAAAUAAAAGGUGGUCAGAACUUGAAAGUUUAAAUUUAUUUUUUUAAUUUUUUGCACAUGCUAAAAUCCCAUUAGCUGCAUCUUCCAAGCCUUUUUUAUCAUCUUUAAAGUCGUAAAAAAACAAUUAAAAACAAAAAGUAUGUUCUUGUCUCUCAUAAUGAUUGUGAACAAUAGGCAACAUUCUUUUUUUUAAAGUGCAGUUCCCCUGUAAGGUCAUUUCCUUUUGAAAAUGUGGAAUGAUGGAAGAGUUGAGUAGAAUUCCAGUUGCUUGCUGCAGCAUCACAAAAAUAAUUUUGUUCAAGGAGAGUGCGGGUGUUUGGGACAGACAGAGUGAUGAUGCCACAGCAUCUCAAGUGAUAAUUAUUAUGGGGGAGGUGCAAGAGAUUGGAGAGCAUUAGGGUCUUUUUCCUUUUUUUUUCUUUCCUACAAGAGUCUUACACUAAGCGAGAUACACUAAGCGCGAAGCCAGUAAUGAGGUCGCCCGGUGUGACUAUCAGUGCACAAAGGUGAUGGGAAAAAGACCAGGUGUGUGUGUGUGCGUGUGUGUGUGUGUGUGUGUGUGUGUGUGUGUGUGUGUGUGUGUGU